AAUAUAUUCACAUAUAUAUAAAUAAGCUGUAUAUAGAAACAGCAGUUUUAAUUUACUUAUCCAGCAUGAAAUAAGUAUUUUUCACCUCUAACUUUUUAUUGUAGUUAAAUUAUUUUUGUAGUAAAGUUUAUUUACUUUAAUUUUAGUCCUUUUUUUACGGUAUUUAUAUAAAAGUAUAUAUUUAAUAAAUAUAUGAAAUAUUUAAAAACAAGUUUUUUAUCAUAAGAGUAAGUUCAACUUUUGUAUAUUCGAAAGAAAUAUAUAAUUAUCAUGGAUAAUCAGGUGAUUAAGAUUUACAAUGAAGAAGAUUUCAAAAAAAUUACCAAAGGUAUCAAAGUGGCUCAGUGUAUGAGAAUUAAAUCAUCAGUUUCAGAAUCAAAAAAUCCGUUAAAUUUAUUAGACGAUUUAGUAAUAUCGGAUUCGUUAAGUUGUUCCUUUUGCAACACCGUUUUUGAGGAUCAAACUCAACAGCGACUUCAUUAUAAAUUAGAUUGGCAUCGCUAUAAUUUAAAACAACGUCUUAUUGGCCUGAAAUCGGUUACUGAAGAUGCAUUUAAUAUUCUUGAGGAGAAAGAUGAUGUUUCGAGUAUAUCUGGCUCAGAACAAGAAUCAGAGAAUGAAGACGACACUGGUACUUCGGAAACUGGUGGUAAAAAUACUCCAGUCUCAUCGGGUUCGUGUGAGAAAAAGGAAAAUUCCCUUCUAGCAACUGCUAGCAGACAUGCAAAAGUUUUCUUUGAAAAUGACGAGGGGAAUAUUUUCAGCAUCUACAGAUGUUUAUUGCAUAACAAGAAGGAAAUUCCGGAAAUCGACAAUGAAAUGAUUGCCCAAGCAAUGGAGAGUGGAAAGAAAUCAACUUGGACUGUUAUUAUGCUUGGAGGUGGACAUUUUGCCGCUGCAGUAUUUACGGGUGGUGAGGCAGUUGUGCACAAAACCUUUCACAGUUAUGUUGUCAGAGCACGGCAGGGAACAUCACAGAGUAAUCGAGAUGGUCGGUUAUUUGGUCAUACAAAAAGUGCCGGAGCAAGUCUCAGACGUUAUAAUGAAGCCACUUUUAUACAGCAUGUUCAAGAUAUCCUGGAAUCAUGGACAACGCACAUAAACAAUUCCUCAUUGAUUUUAUUCAGAGCAGUGGGGCCUUACAAUCGAAGUGUUCUUUUUGGGGGCAAAAAUCCUCCACUUGAUAAAAAUGACCCAAAGCUACGACCACUGCCAUUUCCUACACGACGAGCAACUUUCAGUGAAGUUCAACGGGUCUACGACAUUCUCAGUACAAUGGAAACAUAUGGUUCGGCGGCAGAUUUUACUGAUUGUUUUCCAAUUUCCCCACGACAACCGCUGAGGAAAAAAUCGUGGAAGGUCGUUGCGAUUGAUGAGGAGAAUAAAAAUGGAACUAUCGCAAAAAAUGAUGACAGUAGUGUGAGUAGUAUAAGUAGUCCUUCCGAGGAGAAAAAGAAAGAAGAACGACAAACACGUGUUGCAACCCGGAUGCAAAUUGAUAGAUCGAAACCUAGAAAGAGUCCUCGACGUCCAUUGCCAGACAUAGUAGCCAGAUUGGCGCGAUCAUCUUCCGAAUCAGAGUAUGGUCAAGAAAAUUCAUCAAACAAUAUCGACUUUCACAUGACUGCCGAAGAUUCAAAAAUUGAUUUUGAGGAAAAUUUACAGGCAUUCCAAGACACCGUCCCGCGUUAUUUAAAAAAUAAAAAAAUGCGACAACAAAAGAGGAAAACAAGAAAAGAACGUAGCGAGGAACAAGUACCGAAUAGUAUAUUUAUAUCAACAAAGCUAAAACUGUGGUCAACAUUCAAAUCAAGAGACUUUGAAACAUUAACGACAAUAUUAGAGAAUUUUUUGGAUAUUGUACAAAAUAUUAAUGAAGAAAAUGAUGAUAAAGAAAAGUCUAACAUUACUAAAGACGAAGUACUGAAACUAAUAAACGAAUCGGAUGAAGAUGGAAACACAUUAUUGCACAUAGCGGCAUUAAGUGGACAUCUAAAAACCAUCUGGACUCUAAUGGACAUUGGUUCUGAUCCUUGUAACAAGAACAAAAAACUACAAACUCCUUAUGUAAUUUCCAGUGAUAAGGAAACUAAAAAUACCUUUAGAAGAUAUUUAAGCAUAAAUCCUGACAAGUUCAAUUACACUAAGUCGCAAAUUCCCGGACCACUUAAUGAUGAUAUUGAAACACAAGAACUGGAGAAGAGAAAACAGCAAAGAAAGUUAAAACGAGAUAAGAAGAAGGAGAAACGAAAAGAAUUUGAAAUUAAAAAACAAGUGGAAGCUGCGAAACAAGAAUUUCUCAAUCUCAGUGAUAGGGAGAAGAGAGCUUUAGCUGCUGAAAGAAGAAUACAACAACAGCGACAGGGAAAUAAAUGUACAAUACGAUGCUUCCAAUGUGGAAAUGAUAUUCAAUUACAAUCGGCAUUUGAAUACAAUUCUAAUCAAUUUUGCUCAAUGCCAUGCUUAAAAGAGCACAGACUGCAUCACAAAUUUAUUGCAUAAUUUUCAUUUUCGAAAAUAAUAUACAAAAACAACCAAUCUCGUGCAUUAUUUUUUUUUUAAUUUCUUGUUCAUAUUCUAUUAAUUUUAGUAAAAGUUUAAUGAAAUUAACCAUUAAAAAAAAUUAACUUAAUAAAUAUAUUCUAAAUUUGCAAACAAGUCUAGAAUAAAUUGUCAAAACGUUCAA